AUGAAUAGAUGGAGUAAUUUACCUGAAUUACGUUUUGAUAAUACUCGUGGAAAAGCUCAUCAAGAAAUUUCGCUUACAUAUGAUCCAUCGGGUACAUUAGCUUAUCAAGUCAAUCCAUCACAUUUUUCACGUGUAACACAUUUAUCUUUAUAUUUUCCUUCGAAUUUCGGCGAUGAAACAACUCGUAUUUACUAUAUUGGUCUUCGUGGUGAAUAUCUUGGGGAAGUAAAAUCUAAAGUAGUCAUUACAACGUAUGAAGCUAGACCACAAUUAAAAGAUCACAAAGUGGAUGAUUUUUUAACAGGCAAUCGUGAAAUACAAUAA